CCCGCGGAGGAGCAGGCGCGCUGCGGCCCCGAGGGAGGGCACCGUGGAGCAUCGCCGGUCCUAGAGCGGCCGUCUUAAGCCGGCAGGUGCGCCGCAGCUUCCCUCACGCCCAGCCUCCGAGGGCGACGACGCGCGCUCCACAGACUCUGUGCCGCGGCCAAGGCGCCCUCCAACUCCCGCGCGGCAGCCGAAGGACGCGCUAUGAAGUCUUACACACCAUAUUUCAUGCUCCUGUGGAGUGCUGUUGGAAUAGCAAGGGCUGCUAAAAUCAUCAUUGUGCCGCCAAUUAUGUUUGAAAGCCAUUUGUACAUUUUCAAGACGUUAGCAUCAGCCUUGCACGAGAGAGGCCAUCACACUGUGUUCCUCCUCUCAGAAGGCAGAGACAUUGCCCCAUCUAAUCACUACAGCCUCCAGCGAUACCCAGGGAUCUUCAACAGUACCACCUCAGAUGCUUUCCUGCAGUCUAAAAUGCGGAAUAUUUUCUCUGGGAGAUUGACAGCAGUUGAACUGGUUGACAUACUGGAUCACUAUACUAAGAAUUGUGACAUGAUGGUUGGCAACCAAGUCCUAAUCCAGGGUUUGAAAAAAGAAAAGUUUGACCUACUACUGGUUGACCCCAAUGAUAUGUGUGGAUUUGUGAUCGCUCAUCUUUUAGGCGUUAAAUAUGCUGUAUUUUCUACUGGCCUUUGGUAUCCUGCUGAAGUAGGAGCGCCUGCUCCUUUAGCUUAUGUCCCAGAGUUUAACUCACUUCUCACAGACCGCAUGAACUUCCUGGAAAGGAUGAAAAAUACUGGCGUUUACCUCAUAUCCAGAAUGGGGGUUAGCUUUCUGGUUCUUCCGAAAUAUGAGAGGAUAAUGCAGAAGUACAACCUGCUGCCUGCAAAGUCUAUGUAUGACUUGGUUCAUGGAUCCAGCCUAUGGAUGUUGUGUACUGACAUAGCACUGGAGUUUCCAAGACCCACCCUGCCUAACGUUGUAUAUGUUGGAGGAAUCCUAACAAAGCCGGCCAGCCCAUUGCCAGAAGAUCUGCAGAGGUGGGUAAAUGGUGCUCAGGAACAUGGCUUUGUCCUGGUGUCUUUUGGAGCUGGUGUCAAGUAUUUGUCAGAAGACAUUGCUAACAAACUGGCAGGAGCUCUGGGGAGACUGCCUCAAAAAGUGAUUUGGAGAUUUUCUGGAACCAAACCAAAGAACCUAGGAAACAACACUAAGCUUAUAGAAUGGUUGCCUCAAAAUGACCUGCUUGGUCAUUCAAACAUCAGAGCCUUCCUAAGCCAUGGUGGUUUGAACAGUAUAUUUGAAACCAUGUAUCAUGGUGUCCCUGUAGUGGGAAUUCCGCUUUUUGGAGACCAUUAUGAUACUAUGACUAGAGUACAGGCAAAAGGCAUGGGGAUUUUAUUAGAAUGGAAUACGGUUACUGAAGGAGAACUGUAUGAUGCACUGGUGAAAGUUAUCAAUAAUCCCAGUUAUCGGCAGAGGGCUCAGAAGUUAUCGGAAAUUCAUAAGGAUCAACCUGGCCACCCUGUCAAUCGGACUACCUAUUGGAUAGACUACAUUCUUCGCCAUGAUGGAGCCCAUCACCUCCGUUCAGCUGUCCAUCAGAUCUCUUUCUGUCAGUAUUUUCUACUGGAUAUUGCCUUUGUGCUUCUGCUUGGUGCUACCUCGCUCUACUUCAUAUUGUCCUAUGUGACAAAAUUUAUCUAUAGAAAAGUCAAAUGUCUAUGGUCUAGAAAUAAGCAUAGCACAGUUAAUGGACAUUACCAAAAUGGAAUCCCCAAUGGCAAAUACAAAGGAAAUGGUCAUAUUAAACAUGAAAAGAAGGUAAAAUGAGUGGACAGCCCAGGCAAUGGGAUCAGGUUUGUAGUGCUAUGCUUUAGUCUAACAGCUACUAAAAGUAAAUGUCAGCAAACAAUCCUAACACGCCCCCAUCAGACCUUAUUAAUGAAAUUCCAUGGAUAAAAUGUCUGUAAAGAGCACAACCCUAAAUGCAGAAAUGUAUUUUAUUCUAAUACUGAUGCAGAAAGUUGGCAGUGAACCAUUUAGAAGCCUUAAUUAUUUAAAUCAAUUACGUGAUUGCGUCAGACCUUAGUUUUAAAUGUUAUGUAUGGAUUACAGGUGAGGGAUGGUGUUUUCUCUUGAUAAGAUGUGUGUUUGUUUCCUGUGUCAUUGAGUUUUAGAUUCUAUUUGUAUUUAGCUUGUAACAGUAUUUCAAAGACUGUUUCCUAAACUCUGUGUAAAGAGGCAAGUGAAAAGAUGGCUGGCACAAUUUUUGUAUUUUUGUUUAUUAGAGACAUUUUUAUUUGUUUCUUUUGUAUAUGCUUUUUUCUUAAUAACUGUGGAUACUUGUGAAGAAAAACAUGUAAUGAAGUAAAUGAGUGAAAAGGUUUUCAGAUUUUGCUAAUAUUUUUCUCCUAUCAAUAUUUUUUCUCUGGAAGAAUUUUCUAAUUAGAACAGAGCAACAAAGCUCUUACUUUUGCUAAAAGUGCUGAAGAUGAUUGCUCAAAUAGUGCUUGGAAGCAGAGCCAUGUAUAAAUGCUUAUGGAACUUGGAUCUUCCAUAAUUUGAGUUUUGAACAUUCAGGUAUCACUUCUAAAAUUUUAACUUUAAAAAUAAUCACCUCUCACUCAUUUUAUUAACUGGGUCACAAUAUAGUACAUAGGUGCCAACAUAUAAUUCUUUUAAGCAAAACAUUUGCGAUUAUCCUCCUUGAUACCUGCUUUGGCUGCAGGAGUUUGAGGUUUGUUAGCAAAUAAGAUUUUACAUGCUGCACAGAAGUGACAGAAAUUGUACCACCCGUUUGUGCAUGAGUUCCCAUUCCCUUCUCACUACAUCAGCACAACUCAGUAGCCUUUUUGGUCAUUGUUCUUGAGAUGGGACAGUGACAGUAUCUAUUUGGAACAGGUAGACAAGUCACAACUUUCAUAAAUUCAGGACCUCCCUGUUGAACCACUAACUAAAUGGCGACUGUAAGCUUAUUCUAUGUCACUCUGUUUACUGAGCAUUUGCACUACACAUGCGGAGUGUAUGCUUUAUUUAUUUGUGUUUGGAAAUCCCAUAUUUGACAUUUGAGAGUAAAGAAGUGAAAUAUUUACUUAAUGUCACUCACUAACAUGGCAGAGUUGUGAAAAAUCUAGAAUGCUGUAAAUCCUUGUCAUACACUGUGACAUACAACUUCGUGACACUCCCACUAGGAGCCAGUCUCAUAUACUUAGAUUUAAUGUCAAUAGUUUUUUAAUGCACAAUGCGUCCAGCAUACUGCUUUCUGAAUACUUGAAAUGGUAUCUAUACAAACCUGUUAGUUACACCUUUUCACAAUCUUAUCACAAUGUUGCCGUUCAAAAAGGAAAAUGAUGAGGCAAUGAAUGGUGGGAUGGUUAACAGAGCAUAGAGUGUAUGAACCAGUUGAUUUUACUUUUGGCAUUUGAUAAAGUUGACAUAGGCACUAACUGGAUGAUUAAGCAUAAGUUAAUUUCCACUGUGAUUUCAAAAAAAAAAAAACUUAAAACAAUAAACAAAGUUGAAAAUAGAGAAAUGUUGUUGGAAUAAAAUUUUUAUUCAGAUUUUAUUUCACAGUAUUAUAUAAAGGUAUAUUUAAAUUAUAAACAUGUUUCUAAGGCCUCCGAACUUUUAUAUGUAUAUAUGAAUGUGAAAACAAUGUAUUAAAUGUGAGAACAUAUUUAAUAAAAAUUAAAUGCAGGGAUUUAUCCUUUUAAGUACAUCAACAUGGAUCUUUAAAUUAUAUCCAAGAAUUAAGAAUGUUAAGUAC